GCGCAUACUUAAGCAGCCUCGGAGGUAGCGGACGCCCCGCCAUGGCUCUGAGGCACAUCGUUUCUGCGCUGCGCUUCGGCACUCCCCGCCUCGCCCCGCUGUCCACGGCGCCCGUGGCUCGAGAGCAGUCCGCCGCAGGCCGGGAGUCUGCUCCAGGAUGCGGGGCGGCCGAAGGCGCGCGGCCGCCGGUGCCCGUCGUGGACUUCGGCAACACUCAGGAGGCGUACCGCAGCCGGCGCAGUUGGGAGCUGGCGCGCAGCCUGCUAGUGUUGCGCUUGUGCGCCUCGCCUGCGCUGCUGGCGUACCACGAGCAGCUGCUCCAUCUCACCCGAAGACUUCUGGGGCAAAGGCUGUUUGACAAGCUGAUGAAGAUGACUUUCUAUGGGCAGUUUGUGGCUGGUGAGGACCAGGAGUCCAUCCGGCCCCUGAUUCAGCACAACAGAGCCUAUGGCGUGGGCUCCAUCCUGGACUAUGGAGUGGAAGAGGAUCUGAGCCCCGAGGAGGCGGAGCGCAAGGAGAUGGAGUCCUGUACAUCAGCUGUAGAGAGAGAGGGCAGUGGUACAAGUAAGAGGGAGAAGCAGUACCAGGCCCACCGGGCCUUUGGAGACCGCAGGGAUGGUGUUAUCAGUGCCCGCACCUACUUCUAUGCCAAUGAAGCCAAGUGUGACAGCCACAUGGAGACGUUCUUGCGCUGCAUUGAGGCUUCAGGCAAAGCCAGUGAUGAUGGCUUCUCAGCCAUCAAGCUCACCGCGCUGGGGAGACCCCAGUUUCUGCUCCAGUUCUCAGAUGUGCUGACCAAGUGGAGACGAUUCUUUCACCAAAUGGCUGCAGAGCAAGGGAAGGCUGGGCUGGCUGCCAUGGACAUGAAGCUGGAGGUGGCAGUGCUACAGGAGAGUGUGGCAAAGAUGGGCAUCGCAUCCAGGACGGAGAUUGAGAGCUGGUUCACUGCGGAGACCCUGGGCAUGUCUGGCACUCUGGACCUACUGGACUGGAACAGCCUCAUCGACAGCAGGACUGAGCUCUCCAAGCACCUGGUGGUCCCUAACAUGCAGACAGGACAGCUGGAGCCUCUGCUGUCACAGUUCACUGAGGAGGAAGAGCUGCAGAUGACGAGGAUGCUGCAAAGAAUGGACGUCCUGGCCAAGAAAGCCACCGAGGUGGGUGUGCGGCUGAUGGUGGAUGCCGAGCAGACCUACUUCCAGCCUGCCAUCAGCCGCCUGACCCUGGAAAUGCAGCGUAAGUUCAACACGGAGAAGCCACUCAUCUUCAACACGUACCAGUGCUACCUCAAGGAUGCCUAUGACAACGUCACCCUGGAUGUGGAGCUGGCUCGCCGUGAGGGCUGGUGCUUUGGGGCCAAGCUGGUGCGGGGUGCAUAUAUGGCCCAGGAACGCGCCCGUGCUGCGGAGAUUGGCUAUGAGGACCCCAUUAACCCUACGUACGAAGCCACCAAUGCCAUGUACCACAGGUGCCUCAACUAUGUCCUGGAGGAGCUGAAGCAUAAUGCCAGAGCCAAAGUGAUGGUGGCCUCUCACAAUGAGGACACAGUUCGCUUCACACUGCGCAGGAUGGAAGAGCUGGGCCUGCACCCUGCUGAUCGCCAGGUGUACUUUGGACAGCUACUGGGCAUGUGUGAUCAGAUCAGCUUUCCAUUAGGUCAGGCAGGCUUUCCUGUGUACAAGUAUGUACCCUAUGGCCCUGUGAUGGAAGUGCUGCCCUACCUGUCCCGCCGUGCCCUGGAGAACAGUGGUGUCAUGAAGGGGGCCCAGCGGGAGAGGCAGCUGCUGUGGCAGGAGCUCAAGCGGAGGCUCUGCACGGGCAGCCUCUUUCACCGUCCAGCCUAGUGCUCAUGGGCUACUACCACCCACCUUCAGACUCGCCCUCCAGACGCUGCUUUGCCUGGGCUGUGGCCUCCCAGGCCAAUGCCACAUUUAUAGCCCAACCCAGACUUCCUAUGGAUUCACCUUUUUAUGCCCAAGAUUGUGAGGCCCACUGGAAGUGGGGCCUCAGUGCCCCUCUGGCCUCUGCCCAUGAUACGGGCACUCAGGCCAUGUCUGAUGCCUGCCAGAGCCACUGGGAACUGUCAGGGACUGCCCUUCAAUGAGUGGCCACAACCCCUAGGACCUUGGACCCAAAGGACCACCUUCUGCCGGGGUUCAUCCAGCUUACAUCCUGAGCCCCACAGGUGGGCAGUCACUAGGCUGGGGAAGCUGGCCUCGUCAAUAAACCACUACUCCUGCAGCCCUCAA